UUCCUCAUCUGAUUCUUUCACAACUACAGGAGAGAAGAAAAUGCAAGUAUUAUAUGAAAAGGUUAAAACAUGACAGGAAAAAUAGUGAAAUAUAGUAAUAGUAAAUAGUUAGUCUAACCCUAAUAAAACCAGUUUCAAGACGCUCUCUGUGACACUCGGUACACGCCUUGUUCCUGCUCACAUGACCUCCGUGAACACCACAGUGUGUAGAUAUGUCUGCUGCCAGCUGUCUGCUAUCUGAAGAUCAGUUUCUGUGCUCCAUCUGUCUGGAUGUGUUCACUGAUCCAGUCAGCACACCAUGUGGACACAACUUCUGCAAAAACUGCAUCAAUGUACACUGGAACAGUAAUGACCAGUACCUGUGUCCACUGUGUAAAGAGGUUUUCAUCACAAGGCCUGAGCUUCACAUCAACACUUUCAUCUCUGAGAUGGUUUCUCAGUUCAAACAGGAAGCUCAACAGAAAGCCAGCAGCAACCACAAGACACAUGAUGUUGUUCCUCUGAAAGAAGAAUAUGAAGGAAAGAAGGCAGAGCUGGGGAAGACAGAGGCUGAAAUUCGGGAGAUGAUCCAGAAGAGACGACUGAAGAUUGAAGAGAUCAAACACUCAGUUGACCUCAGUGAGGAAGCUGCAGACAGAGAGAAAGCAGAAGGUGUUCAGGUCUUCACCGCUCUGAAGGAGUCUGUUGAGAGAAGCCUGAAUGAGCUCAUUGAGACGAUUGAAGAGAAGCAAAGAACAACAGAGAAACAGGCUGAAGACUUCAUCAAAGAGCUGGAACAGGAAAUCUCUGAGCUGAAGAAGAGAAGCUCUGAGGUGGAGAAGCUCUCACACUCUGAAGACCACCUCCACCUCCUCCUAAACUUCCCGUCCCUGAAAGCUGCUCCACCCACCAAAGACUGGACAGAGGUCAGUGUCCGUCCACCAUCAUAUGAGGGGACUGUGGUGAAAGCUGUGGCUCAGCUGGAGGAGACGCUCAGUAAACAGAUGAAGAAGCUGUUUGAGGCUGAGCUGAAGAGGGUCCAGCAGUAUGCAGUGGAUGUGACUCUUGAUCCUGAUACAGCACAUCCUCAACUCAUCCUGUCUGAUGAUGGGAAACAAGUAUAUGAUAGUGAUGUGAAAAAGAAUCUCCCAGACAACCCAGAGAGAUUUUCUUUUUAUAUUUUUGUGUUAGGAAAGCAGAGUUUGUCUUCAGGCAGAUUUUACUUUGAGGUUCAGGUUAAAGAGAAGACUGACUGGGAUUUAGGAGUGGCCAGAGAGUUGAUCAACAGGAAGGGAAACAUCACACUGGGCCCUGAGAAUGGUUUCUGGACAGUAUGGUCGUCAGGAAAUUAUUUCGUAGCUUCGGCUGAUCCUCCAGUCCGUCUCUCUCUGAAGUCUCGUCCUCAGAAGGUGGGGGUGUUUGUGGAUUAUGAGGAGGGUCUGGUCUCCUUUUAUGACGUAGAUGCUGCAGCUCUUAUCUACUCCUUUACUGGCUGGUCCUUCACUGAGAAACUCUACCCAUUACUCGGUCCUAGUUUUAAUUAUGGUGGUACAAACUACGCCCCUCUGAUCAUCUCUUCUGUCAAUCAAACUGCCUGAUCUUUUUUUUUUUUGAUCAGCCAUUUAUUAAACAUUAAAGCACUACCAAUAAUAUAAUUUAUACACGGUGUAAGUAAACAAAAUAUAUU